GCACCAUCAGUUUAACCGCCUUAGGCCAGUCAGUGGGGACGAGAGCCGCAAAGGAUACUCUCGGCGCAGACAGGCUAGUGGGCUGAGGUGGGACAUUCUGUGGGAGUGCGCAGCGCAUUGCCCCUUCCCUAGCCAGGCUUGCGACCUGUCUGUCCUCCAUCCUGUCUUACCACUGUGGUCCCGGCGGGCAAGUUACAGGAGGGAGAGGGAACACAUCCCACCUUUAGGACUAAGAUCCUUUGCUGUCUAGAAGCUUCCUUUGUUUAUCAUUCUGCUAGGACAAUGAUGCUCUCCAGUCAGCAAUUUUUAGGGAAAAUUUGGUGUCAAGGAACACCAAAGUCUAAGGCCUGGACCAAAUCUGCUCUACUGCCUGUGGUGAAUUCUUCCAGCUAAGAAAUGGAGCGUCUGGUGUAUGCUUAGUAAGCGCCAUACAGCUCAGACUGAGAGCACAGACAAAACAACAGCUCUUGGAGUAUAAGUCCGUGAUCGACGCAAAUGAAGAAAAAACUCCAGAACAGAUCAUGCAAGAAAAACAAAUUGAAGUUAAAAUUGAAGACCUGGAGAAUGAAAUAGAAGAUGUAAAAAGUAAUUUUGAAGUGAAAAGUCUCGCACUGAGCAGGAUGAAACUUUCAGCUGCCCUUCAGAAUAACUUGGAGAACAUGGGCCCUGAGAGUAGUCUGCUCACUGAUGACAUGAAGCACGUGAUGCAGCUACAGAAGUUAAUAAUGAAGUCCCAGGAGGAGUCUAAGGAACUGGAGAAAAAGCUGCUUGAUGUCAGAAAGAAGAGACUACAACUAAAACAAGCUUCAAGAAGUAAGCUUUUAGAAAUACAAACAGAGAGGAACAAACAGAAAGAGGAUGUGGACAAGAUGGAGAAUUCUGAAGUGGUAAAGGCCAUGAAAGACAAGCUACAGUUGGAGAUAAAGAUCACUACUGUCAUUCAACAUGCAUUCCAGGGCCUUAUUUUGGGGAGUAAAACCAACUGGGCAGAGGAUCCUACACUCAGAGAGCUUGUGCUGCAGCUGGAGAAGAAUCUCACUACACUGUAAUAAGACUCUCACCUUGGCAUUUUAAAAUGGGUUUUGUGGCCAAUCUGUCAUUCCAGGAUCAGAGUUCAUGGGAAAUGUAAAUAGUGUUUUUAGAACCUUUCUCUGCUUCAGUGUUUGGAUUUCGAGUUGAUGCUAUGGCACGGAAUCUUUUGUUUUAAAUGUGCUCAGUAAAGUGACUGGCAUACUCUGCAGGAGUGUGAACGUCGAGGCCUUGGAAAGAGGCCCCUGCUCAUGCCACCACUGAAUGUGCACAUCUUUGCAGACGUUUUCCUGGCUGUCCCUCAGAAUAUGCUUAUGCAUCUGUGCACACUGGCUUGUCAGCCAAAAAUUAGAACAGCGUCCGAAGGGUAACGUUGUGUUUGUGAAGUAAGGUUCUUACUUUUUUCUCCUUCUCUAUUUAGCAUGCAUUUUACUUUUAUAAGUUAAGGAAUAAAAAGAAUAAACAUUA